CGUCUUCAUUUGGUGUAUAACCAUUUUGGGGGUCACUGAAGAGAAUAUAAGUCUGAAGCAGAGACAGUUUUGUCUACGUGUAUCUUGUCUACUUAGCCUGAGAAAUACUGCUUUUGUGCCUUGACCUAACUUCCAUGUUGAAAGAUGGCACUUUGGAACCAGCUGCAGCUGCUGGACUCUUUGUAUUUGGAGCAAGUGGACCAGCUUUACGAUGAGGCUUUCCCCAUGGAGAUCCGACAGUAUCUCAGUCAAUGGAUUGAGAGUCAUGACUGGGAAUCCAUCGCAAGUAAUGUAUCCUUGGCCACCCUGCGCUUCCAUGAGCUCCUCAACCAGCUGGAUGAGCACUACAGCCGUCUCAACCUUGGAAACAACUUCCUCUUGCAGCAUAAUAUACGCAAAAUUAAGCGGAACCUACAGGAGCACUUCCAGGAGGAUCCUGUUCACAUGGCCAUGAUCAUAGCUAAUACUCUGAAUGAAGAGAGAAAGAUACUGGAAACUGCACUUAGUUUUCAAGGUAAAGGUGACUCAUCACAGGGGAAUUUCAUGAUGGAACAACAAAAUGAGCUGGCCAAUAAAAUCAACAAUUUGAAGACGAGCGUGCAGGAAGUAGAACAGGACAUUCAGGUUUUGGAGGAUGUACAAGAUGAGUAUGACUUCAAGAGAAAGACCUUGCAGAGUCGAGUGGAGGCUGAAAUGAAUAGCCAGAUAACAAAAGAGAUCCAGCUGGAGGAAAUGGCAAUUCGACAAAUGUUUGUUGGGCUUGGCAUGAAAAGAGAGGUGGUGAUAAGGGAAAUCGCUAAUGUACUGACUCUAGCAGAGCAGAUCCAGUUCACACUCAUUUCAGAUGAGUUACCUGAGUGGAAGAAGCGGCAGCAGAUGGCUUGCAUCGGUGGUCCGCCCAAUGCGUGUCUGGAUCAGCUGCAGAGCUGGUUCACAGUGGUGGCAGAGUGUCUGCAGCAGAUCCGUCAGCAGCUGAAGAAAGUUCAGGAAUUGGUGCAGAAGUUCACCUACAACAACGACCCCCUCACUCUGGGCAAGAGCCAGCUGGAUGAACAGGCCCUUUCACUCUUCAAAAACCUUAUAUUAAAUUCUCUUGUGGUGGAGAGACAGCCGUGUAUGCCCACACAUCCUCAGAGACCCUUGGUGAUAAAGACAGGAGUUCAAUUCACAGUCAAGAUCAGAUCACUAGUCAAACUCCCUGAACUAAACUGUCAACUCAAAGUAAAAGUCUCUAUUGACAAAGAUUUAACAGAGACUGACACAAUUAAAGGAUGUAGGAAAUUCAAUAUUUUAGGGACAACGUCUAAAGUUAUGAACGUAGAGGAAUCCAAUGGAUGUCUAGCAGCUGAAUUUCGCCAUUUGCAAUUAAAGGAAAUGAAAUGUAACAACAGAACCAAUGAGACUCCUCUUAUCAUUUCUGAGGAGCUGCACUUACUUAGAUUCAAAACUCAACUCAUUCAGCCAGAACUAUGUAUUGAUUUAUCGAUCAUAUCACUUCCUGUUGUGGUGAUAUCCCACGUAAAUCAGUUACCUAGUGCCUGGGGCUCCAUCUUAUGGUACAACAUGCUCUGCAGUGAACCCCACAAUCUGACGUUCUUCUUGAAUCCGCCUCCAGUGAAAUGGGAGCAGCUUUCAAAAGUCAUAAGCUGGCAGUUUUCCUCGGUCACGAAACGAGCACUGAACUCUGAGCAGCUGAGAAUGCUGGCCGACAAACUUCUUGGUCAUGAAGCCCAAGGUGACCCUGAGGGUCUCAUCCACUGGAAUACAUUUUGUAAGUUGUCUCCUAAUGAGAGGGGUGUACCAUUCUGGCUGUGGAUGGAUGGAAUUCUGGACCUUAUUAAAAAACACCUGCUCAACAUCUGGAAUGAUGGGUAUAUUAUGGGGUUUUUAAGUAAAGGGCAAGAGAAGUCUUUGUUGAGAGACAAACUCCCAGGCACUUUCCUCCUGCGCUUCAGUGAAACCUGUCGAGAAGGAGGAAUCACCAUCACAUGGGUGGAGUAUUCAAAGAAGGGUGAACCAAAGAUGCAUUCCGUGAAGCCUUACACUAAAUCUGAUCUGGCGUCCAUCUCCUUGCCUAACGUCAUCCGUGACUACACCCUCACUGCUGCAGAGAAGGUUCCAGUGAAUCCCCUCAUCUACCUUUACCCAGACAUCCCAAAAGAUGAAGCUUUUAGUCGCUACUAUACCAGCGCAUCUGAUGAUUCAGAAGAGAUGGAGACAGACAACCCUAUCAAGCCAUAUAUACCCAGACGCAUGAUUUCUGUGUCAGAAAACCCUGUUUCAAGACUCCAAAAGUGUUAGAGCACAUCGAGGCAACACUGGUUUGAGGAACGUUUCUCCACCGAUGCAUGCUGCAUUGACACAUAGAUAACUAUAAUGAACGAUGGAAACAAACAGAGAUACCCAAAUGAUUCAUCUUUGCACAGGUCUUCUCUCUACUAUAUUAGUCAUAAGGAUGUACUACAUUUACUCUCCAGUGAAGAAGAGGAGCCAUUUUCUUUUGACAAAUUACAGAACUUAUAGUUAAAACAUGUAAUCCUAUUUCUUUUUGUUUGUUUGUUUUUAUAUAAAAAAUGUGAAUAUAUGGUCAAAAAACUUGUUGAGAAUGUUGAAAAUGCAUUUUUUUUUUUUAGUCUAUGUACCAGUAUUGCCAUAAUGGAUACAAAUACUCUGAAAAUCUGUUUCUCAUAAGACAUUUGUUUGUGAACAGGAAAUCCUCCUCUAUCUUGUGAAAGACUUAUUUAUUUUUGCACAUCAAAAUAUCUUUACUGUUUAUACCAUUGCCUUAAUUGCACAAACACACACACUGAUUUCAGUCAGCCAGGUACAGUCUAACAGAAAUAAACAACAACCAUCUUUCUCCAGUCAGAGAUACUGCUUCAGAUCCGAGCCGGAAUCGUUUUGUUUCUAUUUUUGAACAUUAGACAUUGUUUCAUAAUGUGAAUUACUAAUAAUGACUAUUAAAUGCUUUAUAAUCA